AUGACCCUCUCACUAUCAGCGGCAAAGCUGGUCCUCCUUGCCGUGCACUUUGCUGUUCAGGCCGAUAUCGAUAGCUUGGCUGUCCUUGCUGCCCGCCAUGACACUGUCCUGCGCAAAGACCUGGUGUUGCGCAUUCUCCUGACAUACCUCCCCGAAACCUUACAAUCAAACAAAUACGUCGGAUUUCUCGAGAAGAUCGAAAAGGGAACACUUUCAGAAAACACCAACCAUGACGUCGAUGCUUCAUCUGUAGAGACGCUAGCCGAGGGGGAUGCGACAAAGCGGGUGCGCAAGCUUCGACUACUGCCCUUGACUUUCAAGGAUACACCAAAAGAGGUUGGGGAUGACCCUAUCACCUCCUUCCUUGUCCGGAGGUCAUACAAGGUGGACGAGGAGGCUGGCUUGCUCGCGGAGCUCCCGACCUUGUUGCUGCCGUUCAUGAAUCAGUCGGCAUACGUGCGGACCCUUUUGAUCUCGACAAUCUUGCCGCUUUUACGACGAAACUGCGAAUACCACCCAGAGGAUCCAAUUCAAUACACCUUGUCUGCUUUUCAGGAACUUCCAGAUCGUGUUGCCGUCAAUCUGUUACUGUCUCGGACCGGAGCCAGGGAAGAGGACUUGCCCGUAGUAGGACGAGACUUGCGGGGUCUAAUCGGUCCAUGGCUUGUGGACGAAAAGAAGUGGAAGACCAGGAGACGUAGUAUCGUUUCUCCCAACGGCGAGGAAGACGACGGGAUUUGUGCCGGAUACGACGAGGUUCUUCGCUGGCUCACCACGCAAGCAUCAAAGAACUGGAGGGUGGCCGUCAAUGCUAUUCAACAGUGGGGUGGUCCAGGAGAUGCUGACCUGGCCGGCUGGGGGAAGCUGGAGUUGACAGAGCAACAGCAAGACCGUGUGCAGCGAGCCUAUGCGCAGGCAGCAUUGGCAUCGGCCUAUGUGCUUCCGGAAGCGUCAUCUGAGGCGAUUGAGGGGGCAUAUAGUAUCGCGGCUCAGGUUGCGAACCUCCGUGGUCUAGAUCCGCUGCCCCUUUUUCCCUCAGCUGUCGCACUCCUGCCGCCCCUUGCCGAGCAAAUAUCUGAGGACAUCAUCUCCACCAAAACCGCGACGUUUAUGCGGAAUGAUCUGUUGGCUUCAUCGAAUAUUUUGACGUCGCCCGACAACUCUGCUGUCGCUUUCUUGGAGGCACUGAUUCUCAGUGCUCAUCUUCUCACCCAUGCCGGCCAAGCUUGCACCAUUAGAAGAGCCGGAGAGCUCGCCUUGUUACAAGACGAACGUGACCAGAAAGAACAGGCCAGCAAGUUGAUUCAUCAUCUCAACCACAACGGCCCAAAGACAGACGAUAAAUUUUGGUUGGGGGCGAGAAAUGAGAUUCUCUGGCUUCGGGAUUGGGGUGCUGAGGAGGUGUCUCUUGAGGCCACUCCUAAGGGGGUGUUCAGCAAGCUGAAAAAAGAGUUUUUGGAGGUUGAGAUUCUCAAGGCGUUGCUUUUCAACACACGUAGGUUGUUUCUUCUAGGUUCUGUUCUUCUCUUUACUAACUGCCGAAAGGCUACUCCUUGGCGCGGUCGUUACACGGUCUACGCCACCGCCAUGACGGCCUACGACAACGCUUCCAAUCCCAACCGCACUCGCGGUGGGCUCAAGAAGUGUGAUGAGAUAAUCAAAGCCUUCCCCUCCACCCUCCCCAAAUCCCACCCCCUCGCCCAAAAAGUCGAGGCCCUCCUCCAAGCCACCCACGCCCUAAGUGAAUACCGUCUAGUCCUCAAACAAGGCGAACCCUUCACCCCUAUUGUCCUGCGGGUGCACUCGGAUCCGAUCUCCAUCAUUGGCAAAAUCCUCGAGCAAAACCCCAAAUCAUACACCCGGCUCCAGGACUUUGUCGACCUGGGCAACCGGAUGGUCCAAGCCGGGCUGGUUAAACAAUCUCCUUCCUCUCAUCCAUCCUCUCUCCAGCACCCGCCAGAACAGGUGUCUCAACGCAUCACAGCCAUGUGCAUCGACGCGGCUUUAACAGAAGAAGAUUUCGAGACAGCCUACUCUUUUGUCGUCACCCGUCUCGAUUCUCCUGCUACCGGCCAACAAAAAGAUGAUUACUCGUGGCGAGUGGCGCUGCAGGCGGGGAAGUACCGGCGCACGGCGAGGACGACCAAGCCGACGCAUUUUGGGACCGGGAGCGCGAACGAAGAGAUUAGGCACUUGGAGCAGAGGAUUGAGUGUUUGAGCGUUGCGUUGAGGAUCGCGCCGGGGGCGACGCUGCAGGAGAUUUUGAAUGUUUAUCGACGGGCGGAGGAGGAGCUGGAGGUGAAGGUUAGGCAGGAGGAGGAGAGGGAGGAGGAGUGGGAUUGGAGGGGGGAUAGUGUCUCGGGCACAAACAUGCCGGGGGGGUUUAACAGUACGAAAAAGGCAAAACAAAAAGGUUCUGAUACAGAGAGCCCAUCGAUAGGUGUUAAAAGUACCACACUUUCUGCCUCACUGUUUUCAACUCCGACUCCCACCUCCAACUCCCACAGAAACUCAAAAACAUGCUCAGCAUGGAGAUGA